AUGAAAGUUGUGGCAAUUAUUAAAAAAAAUCGCAAAACUAAUACUGGCUGUAAAUUAAUUCAUAAGAAGAAUAUGUUUAACAAGUAGAGUGAAAAAAAAUGCUUCUGCAUGCAUAAUUAUUAUUAUAUAUAUUUCAGGUAAAAAAACAUAGUUAGUUAAUUAAGACUUAGAAAUAGUGUAGGAAAAAUGAAUUAAUAUAAUAAAUGUGAAGAAGAGCUUAACACAAUAAAUCUGAAAUUUAAUUUAGUUUAUCAUAAAUAAUAACUUAUAAAAUAAUUUCUAGAAAUAUUGAUAAAUAAUAUAAAUUUACAACACUAAAUAAAUAAAGCCUUACGAAAUAUUUUUAAAAGUAAUUUCAUUCAUUUAUUUAUUUAAUCGUAAUUCGUUUUUUUAAAAUUCAAAAAAUUAUUAUUAAAGCUUAAAUAAAUGAAAAUUAAGGUUUUAAAGUAUUUAAUUUUGAUAAAAUACUUUAUUAAAAUGAUGAAAUUAGCUAAUAUUACACAUUAUCUACUUUUUCCAAUUGGAAAAAUCCAUUCAAAUAAAUAUCAUUUUUAUAUUAUUCAUCUUUAUAGAAUUGAUUGUUUAUUUUUUUAUUAUGAAUGA